AUGGGACUAUAUGAUCCAAAGAAACAAGUAUGCUGCAACCGUCAACCAGUAACAAAGCCACCAUCAUCCCCUUUUAACCGGUGCUGUGGAAGUGACCUCUACGACCCAUCCAAAUACUUGUGCUGCAGUAACACAGUACAACUCCGGAAGCCAGGACAGGUUUGCUGUGGAACAAGACUGUAUGAUCGAAGUAAGGAACUCUGUUGCAACCGUCAACCAGUAAGAAAGACAUCGCCUUCUCAUACGGCGUGCUGUGGAAGGAGUCCAUAUGUUCCUCGCCAACAAUCGUGCUGCUUCGGCGAGCCAUACAAUCGUGCAAAUCAACUCUGCUGCAAUCGCCAAGUAAUGACAAAACCAUCGCUUUCUCAUACAGGAUGUUGUGGAGGCAUCCCUUAUGACCCUCGUAAACAACGCUGCUGCUUCGGCGAGCCAUACAAUCGUGCAAAUCAACUCUGUUGCAAUCGCCAAGUAAUGACAAAACCAUCGCUUUCUCAUACAGGAUGUUGUGGAGGCAUCCCUUAUGACCCUCGCAAACAACGCUGCUGCGGCACAAAACUGUAUGAUCCACAGAGUUCCCUAUGCUGCGGUAGACAGUUGCACAACAAGCCUUCAAACUCACAUGCUUGCUGUGGCAGGGCAACAUAUGACACCAGAAGGCAGAAGUGUUGCUAUGGUAAAGUAAUCAGCACAUCAGAUCCCUUUCCUUCCAUUCCUUCCAGAAUUGGAUGCUGUGGGUAAGUCUUGUCUUGAUUUUCAGUUGGAGACCCAGGGCUUCUUACAACGGUACCAUCCCAGUUGUUCUGGGUUCAAAACCUUUCCAAUUACUUUACUGUAAACUUACAUAAGUUUGACGCGAUUUAUAAGUUAUCAAGAUCUGUCAGGGUCAACUUACAGUGUAUUCAAAACUAUUGCCUUUUUUUCCAGAUCGUUUUUCGAUCCAAAAGCAUUUAACACAGCCACACAUCUCUGUUGCAACCGACGAGUGAUACCAAAACCAACUCCAACAUCAACUGCCUAUGCGUGCUGUGGAACUGUCCCAUAUGAUCGUAGACAGAGGGUAGGAAUAACAAAACAAAUAGAAACACAGAAAAAAAAAUUAAACACGACGCCUAAUAUUGUUAACGUCACUUACAUUCUCAAAUUAAGGUUUUUUGUGAGAAGUAAAAUUUCGUUGAGGUUCCUUACCUUUUUUACGCUGUCCGUAUCAAAGUGAUAGAGACUUCUAUUUUUCUUUGACAUAGGUAUGCUGUGGCUCAGUUCUUUAUUCCAAGCCAUGUUCGAAUGUGGCAAUGAGCUGUUGUGGUCUAACUCCAUAUUACCCAUCAAAUCAGUUGUGCUGUGCUCGACAGAUCACCUACAGACCACCAGACAUCAGAUCCCCGCGCUGCUGUGGCCAGAUGUCAUAUGACCCAUCUAAACAGGUAACUACGGUAAUGCUAGCUACUUUGUCAGGACAUGGUGAACAUAUGGGUUCGGGGAUGAAAUCGUGUCGUCAAUACACGCAAAUCUGGGGAUUACGUGGACCUUUUUGACAAGGAAGGAUGGAGUACUCAUCAAAGAUUUGAUAAAUUUUAGAACAUCUCAUUCAUAUGAAUCUCCCCCCCCCCCUCACCCCCCCUCCCGUUUAUUUCCUUUGAAAUUGAGUACAAAACUUUGAAAAACGUGUCAAGCUGAGAAAUCUGUUAAAACAGUCGUUUUCAGCUCAACAUCUCCUCUCUUUAUCUUUUAGGGUUGCUGUGGUUUCUCUCGUGUUUUUACUUUCGCAACACACCAAUGCUGUCCUGACCGCACAGUGCAACCCAAGGGAUGCUGUUACAAUCGCAACGUGCAGGGUGCCAGGCCCCCUCCGGGCUGCCGACUUGUGGUUCAACCACCUGCAUAACUGUUGUGAUUAAUGAGAAGUGUUCACACCGACACUUUUAUCAAAAGGUUUAUAGAGUAAAGUGUGAUUUUUUUUUGUUUGGUCUAAAAGUGAGUUGCUGUGACGGCAUUUGAUAGAAAAUCCUUAACCAAAGAAAAGUAACUAAUCAGUUAUUUCAGGUGCGAUGAUACUUGUGGAGUAAUUGUGCGUCGGCAAGAUGCUGCUGCCCAUAAAAAAGUUUUAGGACCUAUUUUUCGUUCAAAAUGUAGAUCCUUUUAGAGUAAUAGAGCAAUAGAUCAUUUUCGAGGAAAAUCCAAUUAAAGGUCCCAAAUAAAAGACAUGCCCAUUCGAUACUCUCUUUCGAUAAACUUUGAACAAAAUACAAAUUGCAAUGUUAAAUUCGAGUUGUUGGAAUGGAUCAACCUAUUACCGUUCGGAUUGUUGCGUCAACAAAUGACAUCGCCAACUUAAUUAUCACCGGACACUGAGU